AUGGCGGAGGUGGCAAACCUGCCGACGGCAUGGCCCCUGGACGAUCAGUCCACACAAUCGCCUCCUGAAGCCUGGCUGGCAACCUUCGACGCACCCUACUUAAACGCCUUGGUCGAACAGGCGGUCAGCGAUAAUUACGACCUCAAACAACAGGCAAUCGCGGUUGAGCGGGCACAAAUUCAGGAAAGACUGGCGCGUGCAGACCGCCUGCCAAGCCUGAAUCUCAGCCUCAGCGGACAGCGAUUUCGCCCACUUGGCGAGCUCUCCGGUAUUUCUGAACAGGUUGAUAUCGCCGCCACCGCAAGUUUCGAAAUCGAUUUGUGGGGCAAACUCAGCGAUCGCCAACGCCAGGCACAACUCAACCGGGCGGCAGCAGAGAUGCGCUACCUGACGGCACAACGCGCCCUGGCAGCCAAUGUGGUGCGGGCGAGCUUCAAUCUGAUCUCAGCAGGACAAUUACAGCAGGUGUUCAACCAGCGCCUGACUAAUCUGCAACAGGGCCUGGACGUCAUCGAAAAAGGCUAUCGCAGCGGCCUGAACGAAGCCCUGGAUGUGUACCUGGCUCUGAAUACGGUAGAGCAGGAACGGGCAAAUGUAGCCAAUCAGCGCCAGGUCAGUUUUGAAGCGCGCACAAAUCUCGAGCGGCUGCUGGCCGAAUAUCCCAGUGCACAAAUAAGCGUAACUCAGGACCUACCUGCCCUGCCCGCGUUACCGGCAGCUGGAUUACCCGCCGAUCUGUUACAACGCAGACCUGAUAUUCAGGCAGCCUGGCUGGAUCUACUGGCUGCAGAUGCUGAACUUGCCGUUGCACACAAGAACCGCUUUCCCUCCCUGGACCUUACGGGCAGUGUGCGGGAUGCGGACUCUGCAGUCAGCCGGCUGCUCAAUGGUGGGCCUCUGGCCUUCACUGCAGCCGCCAGUCUUUUUCAACCGAUAUUCCAGGGUGGCAGAUUAAAAGCGUUGGAAGAACAGGCGGCACUGAUUGUAGAGCAGUUAGAGCAGCGUUAUCUGGAUGUUGUAUUCAGCAGCAUUGCGGAAGUAGCAAACGAACUGAACCGCUCUGUGACGCUAAACGAUCGAUAUAACGCCAUUGUGCAGGCGGAGGUGAAUGCCAGUACCGCCCUGACCCUUGCUUUUGACCAGUAUCAGAAAGGCCUGGUGACGUUUACGACAGUACUGGAUGCCCAGCGCCGCGGCCCACCUGCAGGGCCACAAACUGUGGUGGAAGUCAUUCCCGUCACCAGCCGCGACUAUCAGAUCAACGUCAGCAGCUAUGGGACCGUGCAACCCCGUACACGCUCUAUCCUGGUUGCCCAAGUGAGAGGCCAGAUUGUGAAUAUUGAGGCUGACUUUCGCGCGGGUGGUUUUUUUGACGCAGGUGACGCCCUGUUAACUAUUGACCCACGCGAUUAUGAAGCCGACGUGCAAAUUGCCCAGGCCACGCUGAUGGAUGCGCUGCAGGUACAGGCACAGGAAGAAGCGCGGGUGGAGCAGGCGCUACAGGACUGGCAACGUCUUGGCCAGCCUGGCGAAGAACCUUCUGAACUGGUCCUGCGUCAGCCCCAACUACAGGCUGCAAGGGCACGGGUAAGCUCCGCGCAGUCAGCGCUCACCAAAGCCGGACUUGAUCUGGAACGCACCACCAUCACCGCUCCGUUUUCAGGCAGGGUGCUCAGGCAGAUGGUCGAUUUAGGUCAGGUGGUCACCGUGGGUGCUCAGCUUGCCGAAGUAUUUGCCACCGACUAUGUUGAGAUCAGGUUGCCGAUCCGCAAUGCAGACCUUGAAUUUGUAGAAUUGCCCGAGAACCAGAACACCGUCGCCCCGUAUGUGGAAAUUAAAUCCAACCUGGGUGGCGAAACCACCUGGCACGGGGAAGUUAUCCGCACUGAAGGGGCCAUCGACGCCGUCGCCCGACAGUUACAUGUUGUGGCGCAGAUCAACGAUCCUUUUGGCACUACCAAUCCCGUUGCCAAGCCCCUCAAGAUAGGCGAGUACGUGACCGCUGAGAUCAGCGGCAAACAGCUGCAGGAUGUUAUUGUGAUCCCAGGCAAUACCAUCUACCAGAACAGUUAUGUUUAUGUGGUUGAGAACGACCUGUUGCAGCGGCGCGAUGUCGAGAUCGCCUGGCAGAACGGGGUUGACGCCAUUAUUGCAAAAGGCCUGAUGGCCGAUGAAUUACUGGUCACAACGCCGCUGGGGCAAAUCACGUCGGGCACUGCAGUGCGCAUAGCCGGUGAACAGGACGCAGCCCGCAUUGCGCGUAACCGACCGGUGCCCCUGCGCGGCGCCACACCGGAAGACGCCGAGCUGGGGCUUGCCGUACGUAUCGAGGAAGCUAUAGAAGGCCUUGAUGGCGUAAAAAGACUUACCAGUGUGUCCGUUGAAGGCAGUUCAACUGUCUGGAUAGAGGUGAACGAAGACGCUGAUCCCCGCGUUGUGCUGGACGAAGUAAAAACCCGCGUGGAUGCGAUCAAUACCUUUCCAGCAGAGGCUGAAAAUCCUGUCAUCAGCCUCGCCCAGCGCAGUUGGGGCGUUAUAACCGUUGUUAUUGCUGGCGACUUCAACGAGGCAGAAAUCCGUACCUACGCAGAACGCGUGCGCGAUGACCUGUUGCGCAUCGAAGGCAUCAGCCAGGUUUCUCUGGAUGCGGUACGUCGCUACGAAAUUGCUAUAGAAGCCUCCCAGGACCGCCUGCGUGAGUACAAUCUGACGCUGGCCCAACUUGCGGCAGCUAUCCGUGCCAGCUCAAUUGAUCUGUCUGCAGGUAAUGUCAGAACCCAGGGCGGAGACGUAUUGAUCCGCUCCAAAGGACAGGCUUAUCGCCGUUCGGAUUUUGAAAACAUCGUGGUCAAAACCAACGAGGACGGCAGCAUCAUACGCAUUGGUGACGUCGCUGUUGUCAAAGAUGGGUUCCAGGAAGACGCUAUCAAAACAUUAUUCGAUGGCGAAUAUGCCGCCAUGGUGAAUGUCGAAAGAGUGGGCAACGAAAGUGCACUGCAGGUAGCAGACGCGGUAAAAGAUUACAUAGCUGCCAAGCAGGUUACCCUGCCUGUUGGUUUGUCAUUACAGUACUGGGACGAUGAUGCCCAGCAGCUGCGAAAUCGCCUGGGUGUGCUCGGCUCAAGCGCGCUGCAGGGUACUGUUCUCGUGAUUGGCCUGCUUGCCCUGUUUCUGCGCCCAAAAAUUGCGAUCUGGGUAUUUGUUGGCAUCCCCAUCGCGUUCAUCGGUGCGUUCUCCCUGAUGAACGUCUUUGGCAUCACCCUCAAUCUGAUGAGUGCAUUUGGAUUCAUUGUGGUUCUGGGCAUUGUUGUCGACGACGCCAUUGUCACCGGCGAGAGUGUUUAUCGACGGUUGAAAAUGGGCGAGUCUGGUCUGGAAGCUUCCGUAAACGGUACCAACGAUGUGGCCAUACCGGUCACCUUUGGCGUGUUUACGACCAUGGUUGCCUUUCUGCCUCUGACCUUCAUCGAAGGCCGCUUUGGCACCAUUAUGGGACCGGUGGCCGCGGUUGUUAUCGCUGUGCUGGCUUUUUCUCUGAUUGAAUCCAAACUUGUGCUGCCUGCCCACCUUAAAAACAUGGGCAAAGGUUUUGACAGCGAAAAACCCAACCGUUUUUCAAAGUGGCAACAGUCAUUUGCUGACGGCUUCGAAGAAAAGAUCCUGUUGUAUUACCGCCCCGCGCUUGCCUUUCUGACACGACAUCGAUACGCAACCCUCGCCAGCUUUAUUGGCGUUCUGUUUGUGGUGUUAACCCUCAUAUUCAGCGGCUGGACUCGCUUCACUUUCAUGCCUUCUAUCCAGGGCGAGACGGCCACCGCGCAGCUGACCAUGCCAGUGGGCACACAAUUUUCAGUGACUGACCGCUACGUCGACCGUAUGUUUGUGGCCGCAAAAAAGCUGCAGGAACAGUAUGUUGACCCGGAUACGAAUGAGAGUGUUGUUAAACACAUCCUUUCCAGCACUGGCUCCCAGCGGGGCUCAUCCGGCUCUCAAUUUGGACGUGUUCAAUUCGAGCUGAUACCACCGGAAAAAAGAACAAUCUCUGUCACCACAAACGAACUGAUCGCGCAGUGGCGCAAACUCAUCGGGCCAGUGCCUGGGGCCGAAUCACUGACAUUCCGAGCAAACUUCUUCCGCGUAGGUGACCCCAUCGACAUCCAGCUCAGCGGUAAUGACCUUGAAACUCUGGCAGACGUCGCUGAUCAGAUAAAAACCCAUCUGGACACCUACCCAACCGUCUACGAAAUUGCUGACACGCUGUCUGACGGCAAAGAAGAACUCCGUAUUGAAGUAAAACCCCAGGGUUUUGUCCUGGGUUUAACCCGCAACGAAAUUGUUGGGCAGGUCAGCCAGGCAUUCCGGGGUUUCGAAGCGCAACGCAUCCAGCGAGGCCGUGACGAUAUCCGUGUACUGGUGCGCCUGCCUGCUGAGGAGCGCGCAGAUUUCGCCACGCUGGAUGAAAUGCUGAUACGAGCACCUACAGGUCAGGAAGUGCCCCUGUCACAUGUGGCAACCCUGGAACCGGGCAAAGGUCCGCAGCAGAUCAAACGUAUCGAUCGCUAUCGUACGGUGAACAUCACCGCAGAGGUUGAAAAGGAAAAUACCAACAUGACGGUGCUGCAAAGUGAGGUGGCUGGGUUUGUAGACCAGUUGUUGCUGCAGUAUCCAGGCAUCAGUUACCAGAUGGAGGGGGAAGCCAGAGAACAGCGGGAAUCUUUUGGCAGUCUGCAGAGCGCGAUCUUUAUCGUCCUGUUUGCGAUUUACUGCAUGCUGGCACUGCCAUUGAAAUCUUAUACCCAGCCGCUGGUGGUCAUGUCAGUGAUUCCUUUUGGUCUCAUCGGUUCCGUGGCAGGCCACUGGUUCAUGGGUUACACCCUGUCCAUGCUGAGCGUUAUGGGCAUUCUUGCAUUAAGUGGCGUUGUGGUUAACGACUCCCUGGUGCUGGUGGAUGCAGUGAACAAACAGCGUAAAAGAGGCGUUCAACUGAGCGAAGCUGUUCUGAACGCAGGCGUGAUUCGAUUCCGCCCUAUUAUUCUGACGUCUCUCACCACCUUCUUUGGUCUGAUGCCGCUGCUCCUGGAGAAAUCAACAACCGCUCAGUUCCUCAUUCCGAUGGGUAUCUCGCUAGGCUUUGGUAUUCUGUUUGCCACUGCGAUCACUCUGAUCCUGGUACCGGUCAACGUCCUUAUUGGCGAUGACAUACGCCGGUUUUUCUCCAGCAAGCCCGCUGAAACCGCCGUGCCGAAGCCAAUCGCGAACUGA